GAUAACUUAUCAGUAAAAUACUAACGAGAUAUUUCACUCGCGUUAGUAAACUCUUCUACAUUCGUGACAAAUACAUCGUUUAAAAAAAAUGUUAAGUGAAGACCAAAAUAAACAGGCGUUACUUUGGAUACAGGAAUCCAUCGGAUCGUCCAAGUUCAAAGUCAACUUUGAAAGAAGAGAAGACAAUCUGGAAGGAUUCAUGGCUGAUACGUUGUUAGCUGAAGUUAUACUAGAAAAGGACGAAAUAUUGUAUCUUUUUAUUAAAAUAGGACGCCUGAAUGUUCAAAGUAAAGCACCAGUAGUACUCAACUGUUGUAAACGGGAAAUUUACUUUUACAGAAAUGUGGUGUCAUCCUAUCAACGAUUUCUAAAAGAGAAGAAUAUAAGAGAGGAGGAUUUUCUUUCCAUGCCAAAAUGCUACAAAACAUUUCUUAGUGACACUGAAGAAGUUAUUGUUCUAGAAGAUAUAAAACGAAAAGGGUACCAGAUGUUCAAUAGACGACUACCAAUGAAUAUAAGUCACAUAAAGAUGGUCUUAACAGGCUUGGCAAAGUUACACUCUAUUUCCUUUGCACUGAAAGCUCAGAAACUGGACGAGUUUGCCAAACUUACAGAAAAUUACAGUUCAAUUUUGGGGAAAAGCAUGGAAUUCUACAGGCAGACAUUUAAUGAUCGUCUAGAUAAACUUGUAAAAAAAUUACAGUCAUAUGGCAAAAACAUUCAGGCAGAAAAAGUUGAAAAAUUAAAAAAAUUAGACAUUAUUGAUAUUUUACAACGUAUUAUAGAUGACAAACCAAAAGAAUCAAUUGUGUUACACGGAGAUAUCCAUAAUAAUAACAUAAUGUUUCAAUAUAAGGACUCAAAUAGAGAAGAUCCGUCAAAACUAAUAAUAUUCGAUUUCCAACAAUCUUUCCUACAUUCACCAGUAAUAGAUCUAAGCUACUUCUGGCAUUUUGUAGCAUCUACACACGAAUAUCCUCAUCUUACUGAACUGUUGGAAUUUUAUCAUAAAGAACUUUCAACGAGUAUGGAACUUUUAGGAUGUAACUCGGAUGAACUAUUUUCUCUAGAUACCUUAUGGACGCACUGGAAGAAGUAUUCUAUAUAUGGAUUUAUUCAAGCGGUAUUGUUUACGUAUUUAUUAUAUGUUGAUAAAGAAGAUUUGGACAAAACAAAGGACAGCUCUUAUGGAACCAAAGUUCAGCAGCUUGUUGGAGUCAAGCUGAAAAAUGAUGAAGCUUACAUACAUAGAAUAUCAACAUUAAUUGAUUACUAUAAGCUAGAUUGAGCCGUAUUUAUACAGUUAUUAAUAAUAUACUUGAGUCAGUCCGCUCCAACUUUUCUCAUGCAUCGCGAUUUAUUUUCAAACAAAUUAAGUCAAAACCUAAAGUGAAACGUACGCUGAUGUAUGUAGUAUAUAGUAUACAGUAUACAAAAUGUAUAUAGAUGUUACCGUAAAAACCCGAUUUCAGUUAAAACCCGAAUUUACUAGGAAAACUAGUUUUCACUGUGGGCUUUAGACAAUUCUAGUUUUAACUAGUUAAAACUAGUACUACCAAAUAUUUGCAGUUAAUUCUAGUUGAGACUACGCAUAUUUCAGUCAAAAUUAGUUUUUACUAAACUUUUCGGUAUUUUCCAGAUUCAACUUAAACUCGGUAAAUAAUUUGCUACUCCGGAUGUUUGCAAAUAAUUUCUCUAAAACGUGAAAUACUGGACAAGAUCGUAAACGUAAAAAAACACAAGUCCUUUUGACCACGUUUUUGUGUUAUUUUCUUGCAUCCAGGCUGCUAACGGUUUCUUGAUGUCUUGGUAAGCUCGCUUGACUGAACCUUGACUCUGGCUGUGCCUUGGCUUUCCAUGAACUAAUUUUGCCUCAGGCCAGUAUGACAUUACCUCAUUUAUAACUGCAUUCCCGAACUCUCGGCCAAAUGCCUGGUGCGCCAAAAGUCAAGAAUAUAUCUGUUAAUUGAUAAGCCACUUCUUUCCCCCUUUUACGUUGUAAUGGUCUCAACAAAACAAAUUUUGUUAAAAGGUCUUGAUAAACCAUAAUAAACUUGCAGCCGUAAUCCUUUUCUGAUUGUAUAUCGAUCAAAUCUACUUAACAGCGACUAUUCAUUUCUGAAUGCAAUAUAGGCUUCGACACAAGACACCUCUUCGCUUUACUCUUCUUCCGUUGGCAGGUUUCAUACAUUUAUAUAAAAUUAUUGAACAUAUCAAUUGUUAUAUUUGCGUAUUUUCUAGCGGUUUUAGUGUUCAACGUAUCCCAACCUUCAUAACCUCCAAUAGCAACGUGGGCUGCUUCAAUUAUGUCAAAAAUAUCUUCAGUAGGUAAAUAAUAUUGAAAUUUGUUCGAGAUUUCUAGUUUUAACUGAAUUUAGCAGUCAAACAGAGGAGUGCGGUCCAUGGAAGCGGGGGAAGCACCGCUUCCCUAUUUAUACUUCGAUAUAAGAAAAUAUAUUAUUAAUUAAUAUUUAAUAAUCAAAAGUUUUUCCCUAAUCCAAGUAAUCUAUAUAUUACCUAGGCAAUAGGCAUUGAAAAAUAUUAAAAAUUAAUCGCGUACGAACGAACUCAAUAUGCACACAAUGCAACUAUUCGGUCCACUCCUGACAGAAGCGCAUCUCAAAAUCGCCGCUUGUCAUGCAGUUGUCCCGUUUAAAAAUUGGUCAGCAAUGACCGCACCCACUAGUCGCGCGAAUUUUGGAGCCCUCUGGAAGCGAUCGUCCUAUCGCCUUCCAAAAGUGAGAUGUUCCGACUCCUAAGGGGUGCUUAGGUCAACAUACAUUCGCUUAAAGAAUAUUUCGAUUUAAAUUUUUUGCAGAGAUUUUUCCUUUUACUGAUCUUUUAUUUAACAUUUUACAGAAGUCAAAUGACAUUGGAUUUUGUAUAAGACAAAUUGAUGACUUUAUUAAUACGAUAAUUAAAAAAACGAGAGCAGUUUAAAAAUAUUUGGGAUAAAACUGAAAAUAUGGGGUUUGAACAAGAAAGAAAAAUAAUGAAGAUUGAUAAUGUCGGAGAGAGAGAGAACAGAGGAAACAGAGAUACCUUUUGAUAAUAUUCUACAACAAAUGAAUUCUAGCUUUCAAAAUUUUAACGACUUAAAAUUUGUAGAAUUAUAAUAUAAUAUAAUCUUAAUAUUUCUAAUUAUAAUUUAUCAAAAUUCCCCACAGAGGAAUUUAUUUCACUAUACGAUUAAAUAGUGAAAUUUUUUUGAUAUCCCAGCUUUGCAUUCUCAGUUAAGUGUCGUUUAUGAAACAACUGACAUUAGUGAUAAUUAUAACUACUGGUUUAAACAAGUCACUGUGUGAAGUGGUCAAGUUGUGUGAAUUAGUACUAACUAUCCCAGCCACACGUGCAUCCAUUAAAAGUUUCAAAUUAAGAGUUUAAAAUAAAUUCAACAAGCGAAGACAGACUUUGAAAGUUAGCCCUAUUUGGACUGCAUUCAACAAUAAUCAGUUGAUAGGAGAAUAGACCUAAAGUAUAAAUAAGUGUCAUAUUAUUGAAAGUUGUGUGUUGUGGAGAAUGCCUCGGAAUAUAAUUUUUUUUUAAAUAGAAUUCUUCUUUAGGAAACCAAGCCCGGCGCGAGGACUCAAGGCCCGAGCUAGCAAUACAGAUCAAUGCUAGGUCACUAGUCACUAGAAAUAGCGGAAAUAGAGUGCCUCACGCAUUGAUCGGUGUAGGAUUUAGUGUGUGAGUCCUUGUACCCAGGAAGUCUCACAUAAGCACUUUGCUGAUAGAGAGCCCCUGCGCAUCAGAGUGUUAUCAGGUGGGAAGUGUCUCGACCCUCGACCCUUAAGAAAAUAAUUUUAUAUCCUUAUUGAAUCGCUUCCCCUUUCGAAAAAGUCACCGCACGCCACUGCAGUCAAAUGUAGUUUUGCCUAGUUAAAACUAGAAUUGUCUAAAGCGCAUAGUUAAAACUGGUUUUUACUAGUUAAUUCGGGUUUUAACUGAAAUCGGGUUUUAACGGUAACAUACACAUCGACAUUCGUUUCACUUUAGGUUUUGACUUAAUUUGUUUGAAAAUAAGUCGUGACGCAUGGGAAAAGUUAUAGCGGACGAACAAUAAAAAUUACUUAAUUAUUAUCUAUAUAUUAAACGUAAAUUAAACCAUUUUUGAAUA